AUGGCGACCGCCUGCCCGCCCCUCUCGCUGCCGUCCACUUCCCUCCUCCGCAAGACAACCCGCGCCGGCCCCGCCCGCCAGCCGCUCCCCUCCGUCCGCUGCAGCGCCGUCGGAGAGGCUGUCGCGGAGGCGGCUGUGGCCGGGACGGCGGAGGAACCGCUGCUGGUGAGCGCAAUCAAGGGGAAGAAGGUGGAGAGGCCGCCUGUCUGGCUCAUGAGGCAGGCCGGGAGAUUACUAAAUGCUCCUAGUAUAAUAGGGCGUGAGAGAUCUGGACUAGGUAAGAGCUAUCAAAAUCUCUGCGAGAAAUAUCCUUUGUUCCGUGAAAGAUCAGAAAAUGUUGACCUUGUUGUUGAGAUCUCUCUGCAGCCAUGGAAGGUUUUCAAGCCUGAUGGAGUUAUCUUGUUCUCAGAUAUCCUUACUCCACUUCCUGGGAUGAAUAUACCUUUUGACAUUGUGAAAGGAAAAGGUCCAGUGAUAUAUGAUCCCUUAAGAACAGCAGCGGCUGUGAACGAAGUCAGGGAAUUCGUUCCAGAGGAGUGGGUCCCUUAUGUAGGACAGGCUUUAAAUUUGCUGCGAGGAGAGGUUAAGAAUGAAGCUGCUGUGCUUGGUUUUGUUGGAGCCCCCUUUACCUUGGCAUCUUAUUGCGUGGAGGGAGGUUCAUCCAAGAAUUUCUCGAAGAUUAAGAGAAUGGCCUUCGCAGAACCAGCGAUUCUACAUAAUUUGCUACAGAAGUUUACAACUUCCAUGGCUAGCUACAUUAAAUACCAAGCUGACAAUGGCGCCCAGGCUGUCCAAAUUUUUGACUCGUGGGCUACAGAACUCAGUCCAGUUGAUUUUGAGGAAUUCAGCUUGCCAUAUCUUAAGCAAAUCGUGGAUUCUGUUAAGGAAACACAUCCUGACUUACCUCUGAUAUUAUAUGCAAGCGGAUCUGGUGGAUUGCUGGAAAGGCUUCCGUUGACAGGUGUUGAUGUUGUUAGUUUGGACUGGACGGUUGAUAUGGCCGAGGGUAGGAAACGAUUGGGAUCCAACAUAGCAGUUCAAGGAAAUGUGGACCCUGGUGUUCUUUUUGGAUCCAAAGAGUUCAUAACCAAGCGGAUUUACGACACCGUGCAGAAGGCUGGUAGUGAAGGACAUGUGUUGAACCUUGGUCAUGGCAUUAAGGUGGGGACUCCCGAGGAAAAUGUUGCCCAUUUCUUUGAGGUCGCAAAGGGGAUCAGAUACUGA